GAGAGUCAGGAGCCAUCGAAUAAACAGAGUGGAGAUACAGCAGCGGCUCGAGAGAUCAGGACUUUGGACAGCGCAGCAGGCGGAACAAAACGCAGACAACUUACUUUAGAGCACAUGUGUAAAGCAAUGUUACAAAGGACCGGCCCCCAGCUGCUUUUCCUUAUAGCCCUGUGCAGUGUGUUGUACUCCCGGACUUUGAGUCUGCCAUACACAUCCAUGAGACCGACGAGACACGCAGACGGUCUGUUCACCAGCGGAUACAGCAAACUCCUCGGACAGCUCUCAGCGCGGAGGUACCUGGAAUCUCUGAUCGGCAAGCGGGUCAAUGACGAGCUGAUGGAGGAGCCAGUGAAGCGCCACUCAGACGCCAUCUUCACAGACAACUACAGCCGCUUCCGCAAACAGAUGGCCGUCAAAAAGUACCUGAACUCAGUCUUAACAGGAAAGAGAAGCCUAGAAGAUCCUGGAACCAGCGACCUGGAGGAGUCCAGGGACGAACCCAACACCUUCCCGGAGAGCUACGAUGACAUCAACGUAGAUCACCUCCUAAACAACUUUAAUCUGCCACUUUGAGGAGGGGCCCGUGCUCGAGUGAAUACCUCAAGUCAUCCUCAUGAAACCGCCCAUUCCAAAACCAACACAGUAUUAAUCCAAAGGACAUUUGAAAGUCAAAUCAGCCAAUGAUGAUGUGUUCUCCAGCGUGGUUAUCUAUCUACUCACCCACACAGUACAUGUUUACACUGUAUAUAUACAGCAUAUAUAUAUAUACAAUACUAUAUAUACACUCUUUGGGCCGCACUGAGCAACAUGCGUGUCCACGUGCAGUUUGAGCAAUCAGUGUUUGAAAAUGGCAACUGGCAACAAACAGAAGUACCACAUUUGCUUUCUUUCUGAGAUCGCGGUUGUUCCAUUCACUUUCAAUGAAGCCAUUUCUCUCCCAGUAACUUUAAAAGAACCAAUGUCUCAUUAAAUUUAAGUGAAAUUUGUCCGAUUAACUUUCAGUCAGACAUUUGAGCCACUGAAUGUCAAUAGAACAGCAUUCACUUUCAGGACCUUUCCCAUUGAUUUUCAGUGGUUCUCAUGAAUUUUCACCCAUAAAAAAAGUUCCAUUGACUUUCAGUGGAGAACAUUUCCAAGUCAUCUUCAGUGGAACCCCAGCACCAUUGGCUUUCAGAGGAAUCACUGCCUUGCAGAAAUUAAAGCGGAGCAAACUGUACUAUUAACGUCAACUAAAUAAUGUGUGUAUUUACUUUUAAUAGCAAAAUACGUGUAUAUGAUGGAAUUCAAUAGUAACUUUUUGAUUCAAGAUCAUGCCUAACUUUUAAAUGGAGCCACUGGCCUAUUAAAUUUCAGUAGAAUUUGUCCCAUCAACUUUCAUUUAAACAUUUCACCUAUUGAACGUCAAUGGAACGGCAUUUACUUUCAGUGGAGUAACUUUUCCAUUGAUGUUCAGUGGAUCUGUUGUGACUGUCAUUUGUCCAAUUAACUUUGAAUGGAACAUCUGUGUGACUGAAUUGAGACUGACUCAAGUCAUCGACCAAUAUUUCCAUUAACUUUCAAUGGAGAACUUGUACGAUUAAUCUUCAAUGGUACACUGACACCGUUCGCUUUUUGUUAAAGAUAACUGUUAUUCUAUUAACAUUCAAUGGAAAUAUUCUUCCUUGGUUUUAUUUAUUUAUUUUGUUUUCAGUGUAUGUAUUAUCCCAUUAGCUUCCUGUGAAACAUUGUCUAAUUGACUUUAAUGGAACAUCUCUCUCAUUGUAUUAUGAUAACAUUUUAUUAACCAAAAGUUCCAUAAACUUUCAAUAGAGAACUCAAGCACCAUUGGCUUUCAGUGGAUUCACUGCUUCGUAAAAGUUAUAUUAAUCCAUUAACCUUUAAUAGAACAAACAUAAAAAUACAAUGAAACAUGAUUUUGUUUUAUUAGGACGAUAACUUUCCAUAGCUUUAUUGUUCUAUCACACAUAGGACAAUAAAUGUGACAAGUUUAAACAUCUGUUGUGUUAAAAUAAACAGUGGUCUCAUUAAUCUUUAAUGGUGCCGUCAUGAUCAAAGUGCUGACUGAAAUGUUUCAGAGAAUCCAAGCGUCAUUUGAUGAUAAAAAGGAGAUACAGGAUGAAGAGGAAGAGGAACACACUUUGAAUGGACACAGAUGCAUAUAAUCACUUUAUACUAUUCAAUAUGUAGAGCAAAGACAUUAUAACUGAGCAUAGACCUGCCUUUAGUGCAUAUAGUGAUGUACACCACUCAAAAAAUAAAAGAU